AUUUACAAUUAUGAUAUGAAUUCUUUAUUUUUUAUACAUAACCCUAAAAGCUAUGUAUUACAAAAUCCUAAAAAAAAAAAAAAACAGAAAAUUGAAAAUUAAAAACGAUGCCAAAGUUUUCCAAAAUUUAGCAUAUGCUGAAAGCUGUUCAAUUUAUCCAUCUAAGGUCACAAAAUUUACAAAGAGGGUUUAAGCAAGUUGCUCAAUUCAACCCCAUCAAACCUAAAACCCUCUUAUCAUCAAUCACUCAAACUCUGAAGUCUGAAUGAAAGAUUUCAUUCAAAACCCUAAUUAAAUUAAAACCCCAGAAAAAUGCAACAAGUUUGCAAAUUCUACAGACAACCUUCAAUUCUGUCUCCCUUCUUUCUCUCUCCUCCACCGCCAUUUUUGUCCUCCAUUAAGCUUGUUUCUUUGAGACCUCUUCAUCAAAAGCACACCACAAUCACCAUUAGAGCUUUUGCUACUGCUACUGCAGCUUCUGAAGCUGUUAACAAUGGCGGCAGCAACAGUAGCAGUGAUGAAACCUUCUUUGCUAACGACGCCGUUUCGUGGGCUUCUCUUGGUGUUUCUGAAAAGCUCUCUCAUUCUCUCUCUAAUGCUGGCUUUUCCAAACCCUCUUUAAUUCAGGCUGCUUGCAUACCAUCCAUACUGUCAGGAAAAGACACAGUUGUUGCUGCAGAGACAGGAAGUGGUAAAACACAUGGUUAUCUUGUCCCACUGGCUGAGAAGCUUCUUCAUGCACGCAGUGACCCUGGGCUAGGAGCUCCUGUUCUUGGAAAAAAUCAUCUCUCGCAGCUUUCUCUUGUUCUCUGCCCUAAUGUUAUGCUUUGUGAGCAAGUGGUUCGCAUGGCCAACUCUCUCUGUGGUGACAAUGGUGAACCCCUCCUCAGAGCAGCUGCAGUGUGUGGGAAGCAGGGAUGGCCUCAUAAGAAACCGGACAUUAUUGUUUCUACACCUGUUGCUCUUUUGAAUUAUCUCUAUGAUGUUGAUCGAGAAAGAAAUCGUCAGUUUAACUUUGUGCGUGGGGUGAAACAUGUGGUGUUUGAUGAAGCUGAUUUGUUACUUUGUGGUAGCUUCCAAAAUCAAGUUGUUCGUCUCAUAAACAUGCUUCGUUUUGAUGAGAAGCUGUUGUCACGAUCAAAGAAUAGUGCAUCCGAGGAAACAAAAGAGUUGAAUUCCGACCUCCAGUUAUCAUUUGAUUGUGAAGAUGAAGAUGAUAAGGACAUCGAUAUUUCCAUGGAAGAAGAAAUUGUUGAGGAUGGUACAUCGGUAGAUUUGGUAGAAGAGGUACCUGUCUCUGGUGUGAGAAAGGGCUGGAGAAGAAGUCGUGAAUAUUAUGAACGUAGUAAGCAGUAUAUCUUUGUCGCGGCAACUCUUCCAGUAAAUGGAAAGCAAACAGCAGGUGGAAUCUUGAAACGGAUGUUUCCAGGCGUUAGCUGGGUCAGUGGAAAUUAUCUUCAUUACCACAACCCUAGGUUAGAGCAGAAGUGGGUAGAAGUUUCUAUCGAUACUCAAGUUGAUGCUCUUAUAAAUGCAGUAAAUCAAGGUGUCAACUACAGUUCGCAGGCUUCUGAUUCUGCUAUAAAUAGGACAAUGGUGUUUGCAAAUACUGUUGAGGCAGUAGAAUCAGUCGCUAAGAUAUUGCAGACUGCUGGCAUCCAAUGUUUCUGCUACCAUAGGAACAGCUCCCUUGAAGAGUCUACAAAGAAUUUAGUUGAAUUCAGAGAAAGGGGUGGUGUGCUAGUGUGUACGGAUGCCGCAGCUCGUGGUCUUGACAUCCCCAAGAUAUCACACGUUAUUCAGGCGGAAUUCGCUUCUUCUGCUGUGGAUUUCCUGCAUAGAGUUGGUCGUACAGCCAGAGCAGGUCAACAUGGUCUUGUGACAAGCUUAUAUAGUGAACAGAAUUGUGAUCUUGUAGCUGCAGUCCGAGAAGCAGAAGAGCUUGGAAAGCCAGUGGAGACGGCAUUUAGCAGGAAAAGAGGCUUUCGGAAUAAGCUUAAGAAGAGAGGUCGGAACAAGGCUAGGGAUGCAUCCCCUGUUGCUGAAGUCCUGUAACAUGAUAUCAAAUUUUGGCAUAAUAGAGAGUUUAACAGGCACUUUACAGAGAAAUUGGGUAAGCCAGAUAUUUUUCACGCCAUUUUUAACAGCCAAACGUUCAUAACGAGGGAAUUGAUGCUCCAUUAUUUCCUACCAAAUUCAUAGACAAAGGAUCACAAGGGAGCAAACUCAGUGACCCACAGAUCUUUCAAGGGAACCGGGUUAGACAAUGAUCAUACUAUAACUACCCAGCUUGAUAAUGCCAAAUUCAAAUCUGGCAUGAUGAACUUUCACAUCAUAAUUUGAAUGGUACUUGGCUCUGCAACAUUGGCUAGUGCCGUACUAUAGGCAUUUUCUAGUGUUCGGAUGGAUGUGUAUACGGUGUUUUGUUCGUAUAUACGUUCUUGUGCAGGUCUAUAGCAACUUCAAUGGUCCAUUUGCAUCGCUAUUUAGCUAUGUACUCCAUUUGCUUCCCUUGGUAUAUCUAGUGAAAGCAUAAGCAGGCAUCUGAUGCUGUUAAGAGUGUUUUCAGCGCCCUUUAAUCCAAUAUUAGGCCUUGACAACAGAUUUCACUUCGAUAUUCAUCAUGCAUCUCGGAGUAGGUUAAGUGGUGGUGGGUAAAUUAUUUUGCUACUACUUAGCGGCUAAUAAUUACCUCCUGAUUAAUCAGUAGAUGAUUUUAAAUUACAUAGCGCUAAUGCAGUAGCUUAUUCAUAUCUUUUUUUAUUAGUACAUUAUUCUCAAGUUCUCUUCAGUCUUACUUUUUUCAUAGCACAUUGAAGAUGGUGCCCCAUUUAUAUGGACAAAUA